UUUAGCAACAAUUUCCUCUUCUUCUUUUUGAACUUCACGAUGUAUUUUCAUGAUUCUUUCUAAAACUUCGAAACAUCACGAUGUUACGUUGUGUAAAAUAUAUACUCCAUAAUAAUGGAGCUUCUUUACUUAAUCAACAUAAAUCAUUAAUUCGAUAUAAGCAUUUGCUAGCUGGUAACUUUCAAAAGAGUAUUAAUUUAGAAGCUAAAUGGGGGAAAAGGUUCCUAACUCGCAAUAGCAGUACACAGAGGAAGAAGGAGAAAAUAGUAGGUUCGUGGCUACUUUGCUGUGGUGGUAUGGUGUAUGUGGCUGUUGCUCUUGGAGGGGUAACACGACUAACGGAAUCUGGGCUGUCAAUGGUAAAUUGGGAGUUGCUCGGGGAGAAAAAACCUUCCACCGCUGAGGAAUGGAAAGUGGAAUUUUCGAAAUACCAAAAGUUUCCAGAAUUUAAACUGAAAAAUAGUUCAAUGUCUUUGGACGAGUUUAAAUUUAUAUAUAUGAUGGAAUACAUUCAUAGAAUGUGGGGACGUGGAAUCGGUGCUGUAUUCUUGAUACCAGCUGUUUAUUUUUGGAAACAAGGCUAUUUCACCAGUACUACAAAAAAAUACGUCUUGUUACUUGGUACAUUAAUUGGUUUACAAGGUCUUAUGGGUUGGUACAUGGUUAAAUCUGGACUGGAGGACAAAUUUCAAGAUGUAAAUGAUGUGCCUAGAGUAUCUCAAUAUCGAUUAGCUUCCCAUCUCGGUGUUGCGUUUGUUCUGUACAGCUUAUUUUUGUCAUCAGGUUUGACAAAGUUAAUGCCUCCAGUCAGUAUUAUCACCACUUCAAAAAAUCUUAUGCAUUUAAAAAAAAUUGCACAUGUAUCGAAAGGAUUUGUUUUUUUAACAGCGAUAUCAGGAGCUUUUGUAGCCGGACUUGAUGCCGGCUUAGUUUACAAUUCGUUUCCGAAAAUGGCCGAUAGGUGGAUUCCUGAUGAUGUUUUAGCCCUUACACCAAUCCAGCGAAAUUUUACAGAAAAUCCCACAACAGUGCAGUUCAAUCACAGAGUUUUGGGUAUAACCACUCUUUCUUUAGUGUCUUUAUUAUGGAUAUAUUCAAGGAAGUGUAUUUUACCAAAACGAGCGUCGUAUGCCAUAAAUGCCACUAUGUUAAUGGCCUGGUUACAAGCUACUUUAGGAAUAACUACUCUAUUGAAUCAUGUGCCGGUCCCCCUUGCGACGGCUCACCAAUCUGGCUCCUUACUGCUGUUAUCGUUUGCUCUUUGGUUAAGUCAAGAACUACGUUUAUUAAAGUAUAUUCCGAAAUGAAGCAUAUGCAACUAAUAAAAUUAAAAAACAUA